AUGGCGGAAACUAUGCAUGAAGAUUCUUCCGAUCCCUGGAAAUAUUUCAUCUUUAUGAGUAAGUUUCUGCUUCUAUUUAUCGACGGCGGGAUUACCAAGUCAUUCGGAGUACUCAUCCCCGACGUCGUUGUCCUGUACGACAGCGACUACAAGACUGCAGCCUUUGUUUUGAGUCUUCCCAGCACGAUGAUGUAUUUCGCUGUUCCCAUCACGAUGUUAUUGCUGAAAUUGACAACACCCCGGACAAUGGGGAUGGUCAGUGGACUAUUAUGUGCCCUUCCAAUGAUAUACGCCCCUUGGGCUCCAUCUAUCCAUAUACUUGGUAUAGUGCUCUCUGUAACAGGUUACGGCAUGGCUCUGACGUUUUAUCCAUUACUGCUGUAUUUCAACGUCUACUUUUCCAAGUCCUUCAUCUUUUCAAACGCGCUGACCUUCUUCGGGUGGACGUGCGGUGCUUUCCUAGUUCCUAUCAUCGUUGAGAGGUCUCUAGAAGCCUACGGAUACACUGGUAGCUUUCUCAUUCUCGGUGGUAUCGCUUCCCAUAUUGUUGUUUGUGGUGCUGUCGUCAGACCACCUCGAGACAGGAGAAGACACGACUGCGUAAAAUCCACAGACGAUGGGGGAAAAGACCCACUGGUUGACACUCCAACGUCUGAGCCAGUCGACAAACGUGGAGAUCAACACCAUCACCAUCCAGGAAAAGAUGAGAGUGAGACAUCAAAACUUUUGUCAGCGCAGCUGUCGGGGCAAAACUCGCAAUCAAAUAAUGAAAUGAUGUCAUCAGAUGGCAAAAGUUCUUGGUGUUCAUGUGCUUCAUUCACGACCAAACUUAAAUCAGUCGUGUUCUUACAAGAGCCCCUCUACACCCUUGUUGCUCUCGCCAUAAUCCUGCAAUUUUUCAUGAUGGCCGGCUGGAUGCUGUUUCUUGUACCCCAUGCGGUAGGAGCCGGAAUCGACAGAUCGAAUGCUGUCUUUCUGUCAAGUAUUGCAGGCAUUAGCGGGAUAUUCGGUCGCAUCCUGUACCUGGUGCUUUUGUACUUCGACUAUGACAACACAGUUAUUUUCUGUAUCGCUUGCAUGAUAAGUGCUUGCACGUUCUUCAUCGAUUUUGUCAGUUCAAGCUACAUUUUCCUAGCAGCAAUGGCUGGCGCUCAAGGCUUUACCUUGUUCAUAUUAGACUCCAUUCCACAUGCGAUGAUGAAGCUUUCAAUUCGGAACGAAGAAAAUAUUCCUGGAGCACUUGCAGCAACUCCUUUCCUAGGCGGAGCAGCUAUUGUAACGGGAGACUACGUAUCUGGUUAUAUCUACGACGUCACAUCAUCGUUAAGAACUUUGUUUACGCUUUACGGGGUGCUUCUCGUCAUCAUUACAAUCGAUCUGGUCAUAUUCAAGUUGAUUAGUCAACAACGCAGGACUCGUGAAUAA